AUGUCUCUUGGUCUAACCAAUGCCCCAGUAGCUUUUAUGCACUUGAUGAACAACGUAUUUCAGCCCUAUCUUGAUUACUUUGUCAAUGUUUUCAUUGAUGAUAUAUUGGUGUAUUCUUGCAGCUGGGAGGAUCUUGAGCAGCACUUGAAGAUCAUGCUCCAGACUUUUAGGGAGAGGAAGCUAUUUGCUGAAUUCUCCAACUGUGACUUUUGGCUAGACUCGAUGGCAUUCUUGGGCGACGUAGUGUCCGGUGAGAGGAUUAAAGUGGAUCCGAAGAAAAUUGAGACAAUUUAUAGUUGGCCCAGACCGUCUUCUACUACUAAGAUCCGGACUUUCCUUGGGUUGGUAGGGUAUUAUCGAUGUUUUGUGGAGGGGUUUUCAUCUAUAAUGGCCCUAUUGACUAGAUUGACACAGAAGGGUGCCCCAUUCAAGUGGUUUGAUGAGUGUGGGGAGAACUUUGAGAAGAUCAAUACUGCUUUGACUACAGUUCCAGUCCUGUCGAAGCCCCAUGAGAAGAGCUACCUAGUACACGAUUUGGAGUUAGUAUUCAUUGUUCAUGCGCUCAAGAUUUUGAGGCAUUAUCUUUACGACGUGUCUUGUAAGGUGUUCAUACGUCAUAGGAGUCUCCAGCACUUAUUCAAGCAAAAGGAUCUGAACUUGAGGCAACGAAGGUGGUUAGAGAUACUAAAGGAUUAUGAUAUUACCAUUCUUUUUCCUCUGGGAAAGGACAAUGUGAUGGCGGAUUCCUUGAGUAGGAAGGCUGAGAGCAUGGGGAGUCUUGCUUAUAUUUAG